AUGGAGAGGCACAAGGGCAGCAAAUCUGGCUCCUCGCCCGACAGCGAGGCCGUCCGACAAUACUUUAAGCACUCUAGCGCCAAGCGCAACAACACCGACGCAGUCCUCGCGACAGCGUUGAAGAGGCAAUACCCCGCGCUGCAUCUGAGCAUUGUCCCCGCGCGGACCGCCAACAUCUUGGCAUACGCCUUUAGCGGCCAGGCCAGCUUCGCCGAGGUCGAAGAUGACACGGGCGAGGCCGGCGUCCCGGCCUCGCUCGGGCACAAGAUGUUUUUGCCAGCGGCAAAGCGCGGCAGUGGCAGCGGUGUCGUUGCCCGCGUCCCCACGUUUGGCAAGUUUCUCUACAAGUACAAGGACCAUGAAUUCAUCGUCUACUUGGCCAAGACGCAGGAUGGCAUGUACGACAUUGAAGAUACAUAUUACAUACUUUCCACGGAUGAGGACAAGACCGACGCGCUCAUCCAGGCGGCCGGUACUUGGGGCAGCGUGCUGCACGACGAGAUUUGGGUGUUUGAUGGCGGCUUCUGGCGAAAGGAUGCCGGUCUCUACGCGAGCGUCAUGAAAGCGGAGUGGGAGUCUGUCAUUCUGGACGAGGACAUGAAGAAGGCACUCAUUGACGACCACUUGUCGUUUUUCCGAUCGCGCAGCACGUACCAGAACCUCAAAGUCCCUUGGAAGCGAGGCAUCAUUUACUACGGGCCACCUGGCAACGGAAAAACAAUUUCUAUCAAGGCCAUGAUGCACACACUGUACAAUCUCAAACCCGAGGUUCCUACACUCUAUGUGCGAACUCUUGCUUCAUUCUUUGGCCCGGAGGAUUCCAUCAAGAAGAUAUUUUCUCUUGCUAGACAGUUCGCUCCUUGCUAUCUCGUUUUUGAAGACCUGGACUCGCUCGUCUCGGAUAGCGUGCGGAGCUAUUUCCUCAACGAAGUGGACGGCCUUCAGUCGAAUGAUGGCAUCUUCAUGAUUGGAAGUACCAAUCACCUUGAUCGCCUGGACCCUGGUAUCGCCAAACGCCCCUCGCGCUUCGACCGCAAGUACUUCUUUCCGAACCCAAAUCUCAAGGAGCGCAUUGCCUACUGCCAUUUUUGGCAGUCUAAGCUUGCGAGCAACAAGUCCAUCGAAUUUCCCGACAAGCUGUGUGAGGCUAUUGCCAAGAUUACCGACGACUUCAGCUUUGCAUAUAUGCAAGAGGCAUUCGUCGCUGCCUUGCUUGCAAUUGCCCGUCAUGAGGGUGCCGAUGGAAGCAAUGACGGCGUCAGUGAUGAUGAAUACGGCGUAGCCACGGUUGAUUUAGCCGAUGAGUGGGUUGGCGUGGUCGAUCCGACCAGCCGUGACGAUGUUGACCUGGAGCAUUUUAAGCUUUGGGUGGAAAUCAAGAAGCAAAUCGAAAUCCUUCGCGAGGGAAUCGAGAAGCAUCCAGAGGAAUAA